GUCAAGUCUUUGGAUUUUUUGCAACAAAGUGGUCCGGGUAUCAGACUUGUUCACCUGCUAAUUGACAACGCGGAAACUUUAUUUGCCGAGGACAAAAUCGCUCUUAGCCACUUGCUGAAGGAUCGCUCCAAUUGUGUCACAUUCUCGACGCAUUCACGAUCUCCAUCAAAUGCCAGUCUGACGGACUUCAAACCACCAAAACCUACGGCUCCUCGUUUGUAUCCCAGUAUUCCAGAUGAGCCUGUCAAGUCCGUCGCGGAUCCAUCGCAUAACCCGACCAACAGUAUCCCAGCAAUUGGUUUUUUAAUACAAGAUUUGUCGGACAUCGAUUCACUUGAACCUCGAACUGCUCCAGGCCCAGAUUCUUCACAGGGUCAGACUUUAUCUGUGAUUGCAAGUCCAUCAAGGCAGCCGCGAAAAAAGACAGCCGCUCCCAAACCUCCAGUUCCAGCAUCUCUCCCUCAGUCUGUUGGCACAUCAAUCCUGCCGUCGCCACGUGAUCCGCCAUAUCCUUCAACUCCAGCCUCGGACCCGAAUAAUCACCGAGACCCUAUGAAAACCCCACUUGGGGAUCAAGCCUCCGUGCCUACUGCGUGUUCGGCCAUUCAUUUCACUCCAGCCGAGGAUGCCAGGUCGAAAUCACCAUCCCGUACGGAAGAAUCAAGCCAAUUGAAAGCACCUCCAAAGCGACCUCCACGUCCAGGUUCGAAUGCACCCAAAUGA